AUGGAUCAGGCAGAUAUCCCGGCGCUGCUGUCACGCAUGGCAAGCGACGAAGAUGCGUCCCGCAAGAUGGCCGUGUUCAAGCUGCAGAGCUCCAUCAACGACCCUGCCUUCGCCGACGUCUUCAUCUCGUCGGGCGGGCUGGUGGUGCUCCGGCGCCUGAUCAUGAGCUCGAGCGGCAACACGCUGGCCUACUCGCUGCAGAGCCUGACGCGGCUCCUGGAGGUCGACAUGGGCUGGGACGUGUUCGAGGGCCCGACGGCGAGCGACCUGGUGGAGCGCAUCGUGGAGCUCAUCGUCAAGAACCCGCUGGUUAACAUCCUCAGGGGGGCCAUGUCCAUCCUCGUCUCGCUCGUCAGCCACUCGCAGUCGGCGCCGCCCGAGAUCUCGGCCUCGGCCUCGGCCGUCUCGACCACGGCCGCCCCGGGCGCCUUUGGGUUCCGCGCCCUCAAGCCCGCCGUCGCCGUCCACCCGCAGUUCCUCGAGCUCGUCAUCCACCAGCUGCAGAGCGCCGACCACGCCCUGUGCGGCAUCGCCCUCAUGCUCAUCAACGCCCUGAUCCGCGACGCCCUCUCCUCGGCCGACGGGGUGUCCAUCAGCAGCAGUGUGGUGGGCGGUGGCGGUAGCAGUACCGCCGGCAACAGCAACGGCAGUGGAGACGAGUGGCUCAGCCUCAUCAAGAAGCUGCACGACCUCGGCCUCGUCAAGGCGGUGUGCAACCUGAUGCGCAGCUCGGCCCUGCAGGACCUGGCGCACCCGAUGCUCGAGUUCCAGACCCUGACAAAGGUGCUGCUCCGCAAGUGGCGCGACAUCCGCGUCGACCUGGAGCGGAGCGAGCACCGCCGCGCCCUCAAGAGCCUGCACCUGGCCAGCAACCCGGACUGGUCGGCCUCGACCGGCGGCCCCGGCUCCGCCAACGGCUCCGCCAACGGCAACACCAACGGACACUCGCGCGACAACUCCAGGGGGAGCAAGCGCCACAACCCGGAGAAGUGGAGGCGCCUGGGGUUCGAGACCGAGAGCCCGUCGCACGAGUUCGAGACGGCGGGGUACCUGGGCCUGAUGGACCUGGCCGACUACGUUCGCAAGUACGAGGGCGGGUUCCAGAAGCUGCUGCUGGAGCAGGCGUCGCAGCCGCUCCGGGACCGGCUCCCCGUGGCUCGAGCCAGCCUGUCGGUUACCAUGAUGCUCUACCGGCACUUCGAGGUCGGCCGGGCGGACCUCGAGGACGCGCGGAACGGCGGCGGCGGAGGCGGCGGAGGCGGCGGCGGGUACGGGUACCGCGGCGUCGACAUGUCGGACCACGACUCGCUGUUCAAGCCGCUGCUGCUGCAGUGGUCUCGGCUCCACGCCGCCGGCCUGCACGCCUUCUUCCGCAUGUGGAAGGCCACGGGCGCGCGCGGCGGCGACUUCGACAAGGUGGCCGAGCUGGUGCGCAUCCUCAUCGACCACGUCGUCGGCCACGCGCCCCGCACCAGGGACGUCAUGGAGACCGAGGACGACAUGCAUGAGUACGACGUCGCCCGCCUGCGCCAGCUGCAGAUGGACAUGCUCCGCCUCUCGUUCGAGGACAAGUGGGGGAAGCACCUGGUCCAGGUGCGCGACGAGCUCACGCAGGAGGCCCUCCACUUCGUCAAGGAGCAGCGCGUCCGCUGCCUCCUCCACGGGUCGUGGUUCGCACGGCCGCCGGCGGACGGCAGCAACGGAGACACGCACUACCUCCCCUGGCGAUUCGCCAAGCUCUCGCACAACAAGCGCUUCCUGCACUACGCCGACUUUGCCCAGAAGCCCGCUCAGGAUCCCGUCCUCGGCAACCUGCCGGACAAGGUGGACCUCGGCACCGUCAGCUCCGUGGUGUCCAACGUCUCGUCGGAGGAUCCUUCUGGGACCCAGGCUACCGCCACCGCCACCACCACCACCACCACCACCACCAAGAAGAGCAACAGCAACAGCAACAGCAACAGCAGCAGCAGCCCGUCUGGCAUGACGAAAAUCACAAUCAACACCGAGACCGGCGGCAGGGAAAAAGUCCUGCUCACGCUGUGGCCACCCACUCACAGUCAGGCGUCCGAGUGGCUGGACGGCCUGCUCAUGCUACUGGGCCAGGCGCCCAUCACAUCGGAUACGAACAAGCUCGUCAACCUGGUCAGCGAUUACGGACUCAAGAUCAGGAUGCUGAAUGUCAAUUUCGGCUCGGCCUUUCAGGGUCCGCCGCCUGGUGCGGGCGUGGUGCCCAGUCGGAAGGGACUGGAUAAUGACUACUUUUUUGAUGUAUAA